AUGAGCACCACCAUAGCGAAAAGGCAAAGAAGGCCUCACGGCUUCAUAGAAAAGGGUCAUGAACACAAAGGUCACUCAAACAAGGGUCACCAUGGUGUCCACAAAAUAGAUGAAUUCAAGAAGGACAAGCACUUCCACAACAAGCAUGGAGAUUCUGGCUACGAAGAAGGUCACGAUGGACAGCAUCACAAACAUGGUCAUAAGAAGGGAGUUCCCUUCUACCAGGGAUACCACCAACACGGCUACCACGAGCACCACCACGAAAAGAGCGGAUACCACCAUGACCACAAAAGACACCAUGAUGAGAUAGGCCACCACGAGCACUACCAUCACUCAUCUCAGGUGUCACGUUUUAGGCGCAGAACCCUAAAUGGACUAUUUGUAGUUCAACAUGAUGCAAAUGAACACAACAUGUACGCAUAA